AUGGAUACAAAAUUAAAGGAAGGAGGAGGAACCUCUAUUAAGUGCCCAAUGCUUACUGCAACAAAUUACACAGUUUGGGAAAUAAGAAUGAAGAUCGCGUUGAAGGUGCAUAAGGUCUGGGAAGCUGUGGAAGAAGAAGAGCCUAACGGAGAUAAAAAUAACAUGGCGAUAGCUCUUCUCUUCCAGUCUAUACCGGAGGUGCUGAUUCUACAAGUGGGUGAACUUAACACAGCGAAGAAGGUGUGGGAAGCUAUUAAAACGCGUCAUGUUGGCGCAGAGAGAGUCAAGGAGGCAAGACUGCAGACACUAAUGUCCGAAUUUGAAAGACUGAAGAUGAAAGACACAGAAAAAAUUGAUGACUUCAGCGGCAAGUUAUCCGAGAUUGCAUCAAAAUUUGCAGAACUGGUGAAAAAGUUUCUAACGAGUCUUCCACGGAAAAAGUUUAUACACAUCGUUGCCUCUCUUGAACAAGUACUUGAUCGCAACAACACAAAAUUUGAAGACAUCAUCGGCCGGUUAAAGGCAUACGAGGAGCAUUGUCCUGAUCGUCUCCUGAAACUCCAAGAAACCCAAGAGAAUGACAACACCGAUACACAAGACGCAGAUGAGUUGAUGAUGCAUGAGGUGGUAUAUCUCAAUGAGAAGAACUGCAACCCUGAGAAGUACGAGACACACACGGAUACUGCAGACAUAUGGUAUCUGGAUAACGGAGCCAGUAACCAUAUGACGGGAGAUCAACGAUACUUCUCUGUCUUGGAUAAUACAGUCACAGGAAAAGUGAGGUUUGGCGAUGAUUCGAAGAUUGAUAUAAAGGGAAAAGGUACCAUCUCGUUCACUGAUAUGAAUGGAGAAGCUAGAAGGAUGAACGAUGUGUACUUUAUCCCUAAUCUGCGGAGUAACAUUAUUAGCCUCGGUCAAGCAACAGAGUCAGGUUGUGACAUAAGAUUGAAAGAUGACUACCUAACGAUGAGUGAUCAGCAAGGAAAGCUUCUGGUAACGGCUAAACGGUCAAAAAAAUAG